AUGGGUCAGCAUCAUUCCUGUCAAGAGGGUAAAGGUAUCAAGAGAAACUUUCCAUUAACUUUAUUUACUCAGAAAAAUGGAAGAAAUUGUGAACCAAAUCCCCAGCAACCCAUCAAGUUCCAGUAUAUAUCUAAGAAAAAGAAUAAUUCUCAGCAAACAGAUGUUGGAAAUCGUAGAUUAAUGUGCAGAUUAGUGAAAACGCAGAGUGUUCCAGUUAGGACUAAAUCCGAGCCUAAUUUAUUAUUUCAAAACCGAGGAAAUAAUCGUGGAUACAAAAGGAAGCAAGUUAAAAACGAUUGGAAGAAGGAAAUACAUCAGUUUGGCUACCAGAUACGGGAUGUUGAUGCAUUCUUCAGCAAGGCUACAAUAAAAAAACCAGCUAAUAUACCAGUGGUUUUAGCAUCUCCAAGUAUUUUGUAUCAGACAAGAUUAGGAGGAUACCAAGCAGAAGUGUAUCUACCACUGGGAAUGGUAGUAAACGCUGUAUUUAAAAACCAACAUUGGCUUUAUGUUCAAACACCUCAUGGGGAAGAAGGUUAUGUUAGUUACGCAGCAUGUAUACCUUUAGGCAUAAUACCCCCUCCAAAUGACGACAAACGAGCCCCAUGCUGGGAAAAGAGUACAGACGUUUUUCCGAAGCCAUCAGGAAAUUUGACAGAUACUGAGAAGCUAAGUUCAAAAUCAGAUUGCGAGGGUGAAGAUAGUGUGAAAUGCCGAAGUAAAUCUCCAAACGAUGUUAGUACCUGCGGCGAGAAAAGUAUAGACAGAUUAUAUUUGCGAGCUGCAAAAACAAAAGGAGUACGACACACUUUAUUAGUUAUUCUCACAAACUUCUGUGGAAAUGAAAGCAAUAAUAUAUCAGUACAAACGGGCGAUGUUGUGGUUUUAUUAGAUGCUAGUAUUAAAGGAUGGUUUUAUGUGAAAGAUAAAAAGGGCGAAGAAGGAUACAUUCCAGCUUCUAUAGUUGGACAUGGAUUUCUUUGAGGACAAUAUUAGUUAUAUGUGAUGAAUUACAACAAUUGAAAUUUUUGAAAAUAUUUUUUUAUUGUGGUACUAAAUAAAAUACGAAUAAAAA